AUGCCGAAGAGGAAACAUAAAACUGAAGACGAAAUUCGUCGCAAGAUUCUUAAGUUACAAGAAAAACUGGCAAGAAGGACUAACGAACAGGAAGAUUACUGUUCGUCCGAAGAAAAUUUUAACGAUGUACCGUAUUCGGAAACACCUUACACGGAGUUGUUACCGUAUUACUGCGAACCUGGAUGGGACGCAUCCGAGGCACAAUCGCCACAGCCGACAGCGCCCUGCCUGUCGGCGGCGCACUCAGCUACGCGACAGCCGUCGCCGCGUUCCGCCGAGGUGGACAACCAGCCGCAGCCCGACUUGCCGCCGCAACCUGUCUCACCAUUACCGCCGCAACCUGUCUCACCGUUACCGCCUCAACCUGCCAUGCCGUUGCCGCAAAAUCCAGGUACAUCAGGCGAAAAUCAACCAGAUGAUUUGCAACUUGAUGAAGAUAUUCUUCAGUUACUAGGCGAUGCUCCAAGGGAAGAAACCCCUAUGGGACCGCCUAUUCAUAAAGAUAUCGCCAGUCGAUGGCAAAAUAUUCUUGCCAAAGGCCUCUCAAAAGAACUAAAGGAAAGUCUAACUAAAGAAUAUCUGAUUCCUAAUAAUUGUGAUCUUUUGAUGGCCCCGACUCUCAACCCGGAAGUUAGGGUGGCUUUACCUGACCCCCUAGUAAAAAGAGACACGUCACUACUUUACAAGCAAAAACAACUGGGUAUUGCCUUGUCCGCUUUAGCUUCAGUAACUGAAAUGGUCCUUGCAAACGAGACUUCAAAACAAAAACUAUUGAAACCUCUCAGUGAUGCUUGCCGCAUUCUCUGCGACAGCCAUUUUACAGAGACAAGAACCCGCAGGGGUUUCAUUAUAUCGUCUAUUAACGCAAAAUUAAAACAGACUCUGAUCGACUCCAAUAGGGAUAAGCUGCUGUUUGGAGAAAAUGUUUCAGAAAAAUUGAAGGCAGCAAAAACUAUUCAGCAGUCUGGCGAAGCAUUAAAGAAUAAUCCCCCUAAACCCAGAUAUAAUCGUCCGAAUGUUCAGUCAACAAUUGCAAAUAGGGGUAAUUUAAACUUCGUACCCCAACACCGCAAGACGGACACGAAGACCAACAACCGUCGAGCCCCUGCUUACUCGCAGAGGCAGAUGUCACACAACAACAGUACGCGACGCCACAACGAUCGCGAUCGCGACCGCGCACCGCCGACGUCGAGGACAGCGGGUGGACAUCAUCGGAAGUAGUUGAUCAGGUACAAUAUGCUGGCAGACUACAAUAUUUUCAUGACAAGUGGUCUGAAAUUACUGAUGAUAAUAUGCUCUUGUCUUGGAUAAAAGGAUACACUAUCCCUUUUAAAACGACUCCCUAUCGAACAGACAAUCCUAGUGUUUAUCCUAAAACUAAACAAGAAAAAAUUGAUUUUGAUCACUGUAUUAAAAAACUACUUAAGAUUAAUGCUAUAUCUCACUGCAAUCAUGAACCUGGCGAAUUCCUUUCUUCAGUCUUUUUAGUGCCAAAACCAAACGGAGAUAAAAGAUUUAUUUUAAAUCUUAAAUGCCUCAAUAAAUUUGUUGAAAAUAAGCAUUUCAAAAUGGA